UUGUGCUCUCCCUUCGAAUGAUACUCCUAGGAUGUGGCACAGAAGCGCGGACCAUUAAUAUUGAUGUAGGCAGUGGUCUCAGACGCGCCGCUUGAAUCGUUUUUUCAAUCCAGGACAACUUCAGCGUUUUAAUCACUUUGCAUCGACACGCUUCGCCAUGUCAGGUUCAACAUCAACAUCACAGGAUCUUCCCAUAACACUCCUGCCGCUCACAUCGCAACAACGUGAUGAGCUCGAUCGAGACUUUCUUAAGGCCAAUGGUUCCUUCCUGAAGAUCCUCAAUGAAGAGGACGCCACAUCGGAUCUCUUGGACUACAUGCUUGAAACACUUGACCUGGACAUGGCACAGGAGGAAACACUGCAGAAACACCCUCAACUACGGGAAAUUAUUCGCCACGCCUGUCAGACGCGCUCGUUCUCCCACAUCGCUGACCUCAUCGCAUCUGAGGUCAGUUGUAUCCUAGUUGAGGACCGGUCAGACUUUAUUUACGAUUUAUUCGUCAGACCUUACGUUGGCAAGGCUGUGGACGGUUUCUACGAGUACCUGAAAAAUAAUAACAUGGAGUUCAGGGGUCCGCGUGGGCCAUACUAUGCUAAGUUCUGUUCAAUCGUCCAAAGUUCUGGUACGGGAAAAUCAAGACUAAUGAUCGAGCUCCGGAAAAAAGGUGUUAUUGUCUUGUACAUGAACCUCCGCGAGCCAAGUGAUCUGGGCUACCCUGUGCGAGACCUAGUGCCCGCGCGUAUAUUGACGGAAAAUACAGGCUGCACUGCAGCCGAGUAUACCGCUCAUUGUUGCGCCUUCUUCACGGCCAUAUUCCAGACGCUUCAGCAGGUUCUGAGCAGUAAGCUACUUGAGCUGCACUCUGGAAGUCCUGAUCUCGUAAUAAAAUCAUGGAAUAACGAAAUGUGUGACAUGCGCUCGAAAGCUCGUACCGAUUUCUUUCAGAAAGUUCAAUCUCGAUAUCAGGAUACACUGGACAAUAUCAAAAUGCCGAAGCUCGAAGAGCAAACCGAUGUGGAGACCGCCGCAAAGCCAGGGAAUAAGAUCAGGUCGGCAAAAUCGAGAGGCAAAUCAUUCGUCACGACAUCUUAUAACAAUAUGUUACGGGUUCUGCAACAUUUAUUUACUGAGGAAGGCAAGGUUUCGAACGAUGAUCCAAAACUCGUAAUAGCAUUUGACGAGGCUUACACUUUGAGCAACAUGAGUGGAAGGGGUUUUCGUCCAUCAGAUAUCAUUGGCAGGACGAUCAACUGCUACUCCCGGCAGAGCAACGCAUCGGUCUGGGUCGUUUUUGUAUCUACGACUUUGCAAGUAGACUUUUCAGCCCCUCAGGAAACCCAAGAUUCUACAGGCCUAAUAGUAUACGGUGGACCUGUCUACCUGCCCUACACAUGUCUUGGUUGGGACCAGGAUGCGUUCAAUCACAUCGUUGGAUUCGGUCGUCCGCUGUUUGUCCCUACGUUUCUAUCUUUGUUUCCAAUUUCGUUGACCACCAUGAAUAGAUGGAAGUCCCUCGCAGAAAGACGUUCUGUCGCUGAUAUUUUGAUAUUGGCUGCCCAGAAACUCUGCAAAUCGAUAACAUUUGAUGCGAAUGACGCGAAACAGGCUCUUGCUGUCCUGUCCCAGAGAUUCGAUCUCAACUUUUGCCUUGGUCACCCCGAUGCUGCGUCUCAUCUCUCAAAAGCAGUGGCUAGUCAUCUGCGCAUACUCUUCUCAACGACCGAAGAUAGGAUGUGGUCCUUCACCGGUUAUCCAUCGGAGCCCAUCCUGUCUUGCGUUGCAGCAAUUAUACUCCAUAAGACGCCUAGCAAUGUGGAUUUUGUUUUGGGGAUCUUGAAAAAAAAGAUUGAUGGUGGGAUGGUCGAGAUAGGACAGAGCGGGGAGUUGGCCAGCAGGCUUUUGCUGCUUCUCGCUAAGGAUCUCUUUGUCCGCAAGGACCCCCCCAAUGGCGUGAUCCGGGGUUUACUCUAUGGGGGAAGUGGGGAUGCGGAACUGAUCGACUGCCGGAAGGUCUCCACAUUCUGGUCGAGGACAAUCGAGGAAGCCAAGGCAGCUUUUCAGCAUGCUUACAUCAAUUUCUUACAUUGGGUGUCUAUGACAGAGUUCAUCUCACCGCUAGUUCCCGAUCAAACUGAGGCUGAUUCUUUGAGUGCUAGAUGUAGCGCCGAAGAGUGGACUUUGCGCCACUGGCAUCGCACAAGCGCGGUCCAACGCUGUCAUCUGCAGCCGCUCGUCGACAAGAUGAUUCCCAUCUAUUUCGACGAUCCUGACCUCGACUCCGAAGAUCUCAAUCGCAAUUGCCAUGAGCAUGACUUAGGGUUGGUCACUCGCACGCAUGAUUCGAUCCAGUGCCUAUCGAAUCUCCCCUACAUCGCUCUUCUCCUCGACCUCGAUGUGGAACCAAAGCUUAACGUUACAUUCUCGGAGAAUGAGCCAAACCACGUUGAAAUGAACCGAUCCCUCGUCGAAUUUGGAAGUACUGCCAGGCUACGCAACUUGCAGUGGGAAGCACAAGAUGCAUGAUAAUUCAAUACAACUCGGAUCAUGACUGUACGAUUGUAGUAAAGUGAAAAGCGAUGUAGGGC